UACUGUCGCAACUAUUUAAAACCCUUGCAUGUAAACACAAACAAUCCUUCCUUGUUCUUGGAAUGGUGGUCAUAGAUAGAUAGUCAACAUAAGUCAAAACCCUCGAAAUCAACAAACAAGAACGAACACCGUCAAUUGAAUUCUGAAAUUGAACAUGGGUGGCAUAGGUAUAUUACCCUCAAAACCAGAAAAAUAUCAUUAUCAACCUUACAAUAAUAUUAAUAACAACAACAUUCUUCGCAUUAGAUCAUCAAAAUUCACACUAUGCUCUUCAAUUUUCGUUUUUCUCGCUUUCAUUAUUUUCUUCUUCAUUCUCUCACCUUCCACGUCAUCACUUCCCACCAAAAAUUCAUGGGGCGGACCCGAAUGGGAAAAACGGGUCACCAAAUCAACCCGCCAUAACUCUCCCUCCGGUUCACCACUCACCGUUCUUGUCACCGGCGCUUCUGGUUUCGUCGGUAUGCAUGUCUCGCUCGCUCUUAAGCGACGUGGCGAUGGGGUUUUAGGGAUUGAUAAUUUCAAUCGGUAUUAUGAUAUUAACCUCAAACGCACUCGUGCCAAGGUUCUUUCACGCGCUGGUGUUUUUGUCGUUGAAGGUGAUAUCAAUGAUGUUCAUCUUCUCCGUAAACUGUUUGAUGUUGUUGCUUUUACGCAUGUUAUGCAUCUUGCUGCUCAAGCUGGGGUUCGUUAUGCUAUGCGAAACCCUAAUUCGUAUGUUCACAGCAACAUUGCAGGUUUUGUUAACCUCCUUGAAGUUUCUAAAUCGGCAAACCCUCAACCGGCGAUUGUUUACGCUUCUUCGAGUUCGGUUUACGGGUUAAAUUCGAAGACUCCUUUUUCGGAAAAGGAUCGAACGGAUCAACCUGCUAGUCUCUAUGCAGCGACGAAGAAAGCUGGUGAAGAAUUUGCACAUACUUAUAAUCAUAUUUAUGGUCUUUCCGUAACUGGUUUACGUUUCUUCACUGUUUAUGGUCCUUGGGGUCGUCCUGAUAUGGCUGUUUACUUAUUCACUAAGGAUAUUUUGAAAGGAAAACAAAUUACUGUGUUUGAAUCUCCUGAUGGUGGAAGUGUAACUAGAGAUUUUACGUAUAUUGGUGAUAUUGUCAAAGGGUGUUUAGGGGCUUUGGAUACAGCUAAGAAAAGUACUGGUAGUGGUGGGAAGAAGAAGGGAAAUGCGCAAUAUAGGAUUUUUAACUUGGGUAAUACUUCGCCGGUUCCGGUUAGUGAGCUUGUCAAUAUAUUGGAGAAGCUUUUGAAGGUGAAUGUGAAGAGGAAGGUAGUGCCGAUGCCAAUAAAUGGUGAUGUUAGGUUUACUCAUGCUAACAUCAGCAGGGCGCAAAGGGAGCUUGGUUACAUGCCUACUACUGAUUUGGAAGCUGGACUCAAGAAGUUUGUAAGGUGGUACCUUGACUUUCACUCUCCUCUUAAGAACAAGAAUGUUUGGUGAUUUCGAUGUCAUAUGUUUUGCUGCAUAACAUUAUCUAAUGUUCCACACGUACCCUGUUUCUCUUCCCUAUAUAAUUGCAGUAUGCCGUUUGUGUUGGGGAACUGAGGGGAAGAACUAGUAUAGUAUCAUGGUCUCUUUUUUUCUUCUUUAAUUUUAUAUUUUGCCUUUUUUAUCUUCCUAUGUACUAUGCCUUUUUUAUGUUAACCUUUGUACAGUUUUUUAUGAGUAUUGGAUGCACCAAAUUGACUUUAGUUGAAGUUUAUAUUUAUUCCAUAAAUGCAAAGUUUUAAACUGCGGUUA